AUGGACAAGUGGGCCGCACGAAACAAUUCAUGUGUGCACAAAGGGGAAUCUGUUUUCGACUCCGACUGUACAGUUCACACCUUCCAAGAGUCAGACCCAAAGUCCAGGCAGCGCAUAGUGACCCCAUCGGAACGCUGGCACCGGCAAAAGAAGAUCGGAGGUGGGGGAUUUGGCACAGUCUGGCUAGAGACAUGUACGCAUCCCAGUGGCACAACACAAAGUGCUACAGUUCGCGCAGUCAAGCAGAUUGGUUUCGACUCUCGAUUUGGCAAGAUUGAUUAUAAUCGGGAGCUAGAGACUAUUGCCAAGUUCUCGCAUUCUCGUUACGAGGGACCUAGCCAGCUCUUCAUAGCAAUAGAAUACCUCGAAAUUAGCGACCUUUUCACGUACCUUUAUCAGAACCCGCCACUCCCAGAAAGCGAAGCGAAGGAUAUUGCGUACCAAAUCCUCGACGGGCUAAGUAUGAUGCAUCAAAAUGGAUUUGCUCACCGAGACUUGAAACCUAAUAACAUCCUUAUCAAAUCACACCCUCCCCACGAGUGGUGGAUAAAACUCGCAGACUUUGGUAUCACCAAACGCAUUGAGGAAGGCCACGGUCAAUCGACAACGAUAAAGGGCACACCAAGAUACUUUGCCCCUGAAAUCUGGGGAUUUGUCCCGCGAGGCAGUGCGUAUGCCACCGAUAUUUGGGCCCUCGGAGAAAUCGUCUUUGAAAUACUUACCGAGAGACCUGCAUUCGGCAAUCUUGCGCCACUCGCAGGCUACAAGGCUCAAGAACAAUUCCCAACCAACAUACUCGCCGGUGCAAAUGUCUGCCAGUCAGGCAUUGAUUUUGUGAUUUCGCUUAUGCAUCCUGAUCCUGAACAUCGAGUAACGACUACAAUGGGCAUGUCAAAUGUGUGGAUACAAUCGCUUGUAUCUGUUUGUUCUUCGGGGUCCACAAUACCUAGUGAUGGCGAGCCGCAUUACCCCUCUAUUGACUCCUUGACUGAAGAAUUCGCGUCAUGGAACACACGACCUCCCCCAGAUACGCAGGACUCUAUGACACUCCCCAUUCGGCCGGACCAUAUACUGCAAGAGUUAUCCAAGAACCGGUCACUGUGGCAGAGCAAGAACGGAAGACAGAAUACCACACUGACCGCAGUUCAUGACCAAGCCGAGACUGUGGAGCUCAGUGCUACAGAGCUCAGCGAUAAAUUCAAAAAUUUUGUCUCUCUCCUUCAAAGCGGUCAGCUUGAGGAAGCAGAGGCUCGGCUUUGUUGGCUCUGUCAGGCACAAGAGAAAGUGCUACCCCAAGAUCAUACCGAGAGAGUUAGGGCUAUCUUUAUUCUCGGCAAGUGUGUCUGCUUACGUGGACGCUGCAAAGAGGCCGAGAUUAUACUUAACCGAGCUCUGCAGGACCACAAGAAAGUUCUCGGCCUUGAUGAUCAUGACACGCUUUCCUGUGGACACUGGCUUGCUCUAUCCAUCUAUCAUCAAGGCCGAUUCGAAGAGGCCGAAACUGCGUACCGCCGAUCUCUUGAGGGACUAGAGGCAAUGCUAUAG